AUGCCUAGAGGCACGCAGCAUGGCAGUACCGACACGUAUGGACGCCUGAUGCCCCAUUUGAUGCCAGGAAAAGCGCCUCCUGUUGUCUCCAGGAGAUGGAGUUCGGUCGAGAUUGGUACACACCGAGCUAGUCUCAAUCGGCCCGCACGAAACCGACCGUCCCUGUCCAGAGCAUCAACAGAAACCGCUUCACCAGCUCCACCUAGCCAGGAGUCAACACUCACGCAAAAGAACCUCAAGACUCAAAACCAGAACUCGAAACUCCAGCGUACCACUGCGGAACAGGACAUUGUCCGGACCGUUCGUGAGAGGCUGACCAUUCGCAAAGUUGCUUCAGAUCAUCAAUCUGAGGCUCACGUAGAGCCUCCGCUUUCAAUUACCUUGAGGCGUGCGAGCGAAGCGAGCGCAGCAAGUGGCAAUAAUGCGUUAAACAAGGACUACAGUGGCAUUUCAGGCGCAAUGACACCACUUGCCGGUUUGCAAGGUAUCUUAGAGGACUAUCCUACCGCAUACCUGAUUACGAGCGAAGACAUAGACUCCAUCACAGAGCUCAUUGCUGCAAAUCUCAAGCGGAAGUAUAAUCCUCAUACACGCUCUCGUGACUCGUCGGUAUCGUCGAGAAAGACACGUUCUCUCAGCAACUCUACUAAAGGGUUUGUACCCUCGAACUUAUCCGCAGCGGAGUCUUCAGUCCCAAACACAGAAGCCCCUCGAUCCCCCACCCGGUCUCGCAAUCAACCCGACUACCUCGGAGUCUUGCCCGCUGGUUCAGGCUCGCAAUCUCUCUCUAGAGUAGAUUCUAAGAAGAGUGUGCAUGAAGUAAUUUGGAAGGGGGGCGGCGGAACGUCGAGGGGAUCCGUCACUUCUGCAGCGUCCAAUGAGGACUCCAAGCUGCUGGCCAUUGGUGACACUUCUUCAGAGCCGUCUACAUCGCCUGAUAUCCUACCCGAAAAGCGUAAGAAAGCUGUCACAUACAAAGGCGACGCUUUCGACCCCAAUAAUGCACGAGAAUCAAUCAGCGAAUGGUCUUGGAGGCUACCUCAGAACGAUAUUCCCAUGAUAGUUACAUCCUCCGAGUCGGAUUCGACCGAUUUCACGCCUAAUACUACCAAAAAUAAUCCAUCAAAUCCUAAGGAACAGGUCACUCCCCGAGUAAGACCCUUUCCGAGAUACGCUGCUUCCCAUGAAGAAUUGCAGGAUGUCGUUUCGUUCCCUCCGCUGUCUACAAGAAAAACCACCAGUGAAUGGUUCUCGCCACUGCCCGAAAUUGUAUCGGCGUCUCCUCUAGCGAAAUCACCUCUGGCAAGUUCUCGGUCACUGUACGAUCUCGGCGUUGAUGUCAAUGUUGGGCCAUUGGGAUCAACCACACCAACAGCGCCAUUUACUUCGUGGGUACGCUCUGCGGAAGUUUCCCGAGCCCCAUCUCCUGGUAUAGAAUUCAGAGCAGAUUAUGGCUUCGGCCCUUCUGACACAGACCCCCCAAUGAACGAUGGCGGCCGUCGGAAGAGCGUUCUGAAGCCUCACCCCAAAGCCUCCUCCCGCAUCGGUGAAAGUUCCAGAAUGGGCUCCUCAAUUGGAAACUAUUCAGGAGCUAGAAGACGCAGCUCAGUGCCUCGCAUUCAGAGAGUCCGGACCAUCGACAACAUCCAUAAAGGGGAGCGUGAAACGGUUCCAAGCCGGUGGCGGCCUCCUUCUAUUUGCCCACCUCGACUCUCUAUAAGCCAGAUAUUCGCCAGCACAGCAGAUUACGAGGAGGCUUACAAAGAAGAGCCGGUAGAAGACAGGGUUCCGGAGAUUCUGACGCGCCUGCAAAGAUCGAGGAGCGGAAUUACUGAUCGGAUCAGUUUGAUUGAAGCCAAGAGUCCACCGUUGCCAAAGCCCGAUCGCGCGGGAAUUUAUGGAGCGAUCACGGGUACGCUCAGAAGGAGCAUUGGAGCCCCCUGUGCGACCGACAAUUUUAAGCAUAAUUGCGAUGAUUGUGCAACAGAACCCAGAAGUCCAAGUGUUGAUUGGAUUGGUUGA